CCAAGCCGCGUGGCAAAAUGGUAGUGGGUUCCGCCCAGACGGAGCCAUAGCUCUUUCCGUGCAGUGACCGUUUUGAGAGCGAAGUGUGCAUGUCUUCGCCAGUGUAUGUCGCGAACCCUCCCAAGCUGCGGGUGGAGAGCGACAUAGUCUCAGGAGUGCGGCUCCGGCCCGAAGGCCACUGCGCGCGCCGGGGCGCCCCCUGCUGGCGAUACCGGAGGCUGAGGCUGGAGGAGCCGCGUGUGGACCGCACAGCCACAGCCAGGCCCAGUGCUGGGAGGGAGGCGCUUCAGAGAGUCGCCCCCACGCCCGGCUUUAGGGGGCCAGCGGACUUGACGGAGGAAGCCUGGAGCACAGGGACGCCUUGUUGGAAAGCCUGACCAACCUAAGUGAAGGCAGGCCAUGCCAUCAGGGCUAGAGAGGAGUCAGGCAGGGUCCAGACUCUACUUGCGGGAUCCGGUGACAUAAAGUUAGGGCUUUAGCUUCAGCUCUGACUUCCUCCUGAAGGACCUGGUGACCAUCGGGAUAGACCAGUUUGCAUAUUGGUGGCCUGUUAUUGUGUAUCAGGAACUAUUUACAAAUAUCCCCUUCCCCUUUUGUGUUAAAAACCUUAGACAAUUCCAGCAAAUCAGAAAUGAACAUUUAAUUUUGGUAUUUGUUCUUUUCACUAUUUUGUCUUUGUGUACAGGUUUUUAAAAGCACUAUAGUUAGUGCUCCAUGGAUAUAGUCCCUAGCACUUGGGAGAAGCAAGAGUCUUGUGAGUUCCAGACCAGCCUGAGCUAUGUGAUAAAACCUUCAAAAUAUCCAAAGAAUUGCAACAAGGGUGCCCAGGGGUGACCAGCUAUAAAAUAGUUGACACCUUUGGAUCACCUUUCAGCGACCAAAAGCUUUCUUUUUUGUUUAAUACUUGCUCAAAUAAGGAAAAGAAAAAUUCCAUGGUUUAGCUGUACUUGUGUGCUUCAUGCAUUUUCAUUCGUGUAACUUAAUUGGAUGUGAUUGCUGUUUGCAUUGCUGUGAGCAUUGCAGGUCUAGUCUGGGGAUGGGAAGGAAGUGCUUGGGUUGGAUCCAGGGCUUUGUGUCAGUACACAUGGAGUAGUAACAAAAAUAAUUUUAUGGUUAGGGGUCACCAAAGCAUGUACUAAAGGGUCGCAGCACUAGGAAGGUUGAGAAACCGUAGAUUAGAUGCACAGCUGCAGGCUGGUCCCUGUCUGUGGAGCUGUCUCCUGCUUAUCCCUAGCCAAAUAGUGCUGAUUCCUUGUCAUUUCUGCCCUAAAUGCACCUCAAGGUGAUUAGGACUUCACUGUCUGGCCUGUGUCAUAAUGGACAGGUCACAUGAAUCUUGGGCACACUGCUGAUGCUGAUAAAGGUUCAUCUUGCAAACAGUAACCUACUAGGCCCACAGUGUUUUGUGCAGAGAAGACCUUGAGUAAUUAAGGAACAUGUUGUCCUUAUGUCUAACUUAGCUAUUCGACAGGGUUCCUCUUGGGAGUCAGCACUGAUUGAGUAUUAAUUUCCAGAACACCUUGUUGGUCAGGGACUUUAACAGCAUGCAGCCUGCACACCUGAGAGCCUUGUCUUGCCAGGGCUGCCCUCACGCCUCCACUAUCAUCAGCUUCCCAGCUAAACGUAAUCAUGGCCUCAUGUGCAUCUGGAAUAGGAUGUCUGCACUACUUGACUGUGUGCAGGUCCUUUGGUCCCUGCUGGUGUUAGUCACUCCUUUCUCAAGGAUGGUCCAGCCUCAGGAGCAUACUUGCUUUGCUCCUGUCACUGCUCAGGAGACCAACCUUUCCUGAGGUGUUGGCUCUGGGCGUCCUUUCUGAAAAACCUCACUACUUUCAUCCUGACAUCUCAGUAUCUUCUCUGGUCCUUGUUACAGCUGGGAGGCUCUCCCAUUCUCUCCUGGCUUCAGAACUCCCUCAACCUGCUGUAGCUUCUCUAUCUCUUUCAGAGAACCUGCUUGUCAAGCAACAGCGGGCCUGGGUAAAAUGGGAUAGCCCAGUCCUCAUUAGCCUUCAGGCCAGGGUUUGGGGCAAAGGCAGAAAGCAUCCCUUCCACAGGGACAAUCGGUAGAGAAAGAUGCCCUUCUAUUUUGUCUUAGGGAAGCAACAGCUCAGCUAACCCAUGUGAAAAGCAUGAUGUGUAAGCUCUGAACAGCCCCUAGAGCUCAUGUAGCUGUCCCUGUCCAGGGCCCACCAUCUGGGCAGCCACUCAGCUGGGGAUGACAAAGGACACUAUGACUGAGUGAAGGUGAUGGAGGACUCAGGGAAGGAGUGUGGGCAAGUGAAUGCUGAGAUUUGAGACCCAGAAGUUUCUCCCAUGGUUUCUUAUCACGUCUGCGAGUACCAAGACAGCGACUAUAAAAGUGUUGUGGAUGUGUUUACCAAGGGUGCAGAAGAGUAUAUCCCCUCCACCUUCCGCCACUUGCUGCUGCUGCCCCAAACCCUCCUACUCUUACUUGGGGUGCCCCUUGCCCUGGUCCUGGUGUCUGGCUCCUGGCUGCUGGCUGUUGUAUGCAUCUUCUUUCUGCUUCCAUUUUUGUGGUUCCUUGCUGGACAGCCCUGGAAGAAUUAUGUGUCCAAAUGCUUACACACAGACAUGGCUGACAUCACCAAGUCUUAUCUGAGUGAUCGUGGCUCAGGUUUCUGGGUGGCUGAGUCUGGGGGGCAGGUAGUGGGCACAGUGGGUGCUCUGCCAGUCAAGGAGCCUCCAUCAGGGAGGAAGCAGCUGCAGCUCUUCCAUCUGGCUGUGUCCUCACAGCAUCGAGGACAGGGGAUAGCGAAAGCACUGGUCAGAACUGUGCUCCAGUUUGCACGGGACCAGGGCUACACUGAUGUUGUCCUUGAGACUAGCACCAUGCAGAUAGGUGCUGUGACCCUCUACCUGGGCAUGGGCUUCCAGAAGACAGGCCAACGCUUCCCGAGUGUGCUCUGGAGCUUAGUGGGUCUUCGUUUUGUUCAACUACAUUACUCCUUCCCUUCUGCCUAGGAAGGGGGGCUGUGACCUUGAGUUCCUGUGGAGCAAGCACGCUUCCCUGCACUCUGCUACAGGAACCAGUGAACCCUGUCAUGUCAGUGUGGUUAACAAUAAAACCUUGUUGCUG